AGCGCGUGAAGAUGGCGGGUGUUCUGGAGCGGAGCUACAUUGAGAUCUGCGGCUUUGAAAGAGAAACAGUUUCGCGGUUCAGACAGAUUACAUUAAAUCUAGCCGGUGUGGGGGUCUCCUCUGGUGGUGUGAAGUAUGCAGACAGUGCUGGUGGAUUCUCAUAUGAGGACAGUGGAAAACUGCUCUCGGUCACCAGCAACAGAUUCAUCCACUGGUCCACCUCGGGUGAUACGGUGCAGCUUGUUGAGCAGUCGCUGGACACGAAUCUUCUGAAUAAUGCUGUGCGUCUGCAUAUCCCACAAUGCCUCCUUCUGCCCGGAGGCGUUUCCAUACAGGAGACGCUCAACAACGUGAUUAUUCUGAUCGUCACCAGCCAAUCAGUGCAUCGCCUGGUGCUGCCGCAUCCCACCCGCAUGUACCACACACAGCGGUUCGUACGGGAUCUGGUCACUGAACUCCAGAUGCAGUCCAUUUUCACAGACAUCGGGAAGCUGAAUUUAAAUGGCCCAGCUCACAGUUACGUUCUCCCGUUCACACAAGGCCCGCAGUCCAGCGCUCCGUCCACGUCUGCGGCCUGGAUCAGUCACCAGGGGGAGGCGCUGUUCGCCCUCGCCUCUCCCUCAGGAGGCAUCACUGUGGUCACCUUACCAGAUUACGAUCAGGAUGGUACGUAUCUACAUCUCUAUCUGUCAUACCCUAAAUAA